AUGGCUUCUCUUCAGAGACUCGUUAUUUCGGCUCUACUGAUCUUGUCGAUCACUUUUGUCUUCUUUACGCAAGCCACGGAGGCGGCGAAGGGCCCAAAGAUCACACACAAGGUUUACUUUGACAUUGAGCAAGAUGACAAGCCCAUUGGACGAAUUGUGAUGGGUCUCUAUGGCAAGACGGUGCCUAAGACCGCCGAGAACUUCCGUGCCCUAGCCACCGGCGAGAAGGGCUUUGGAUACCAGGGCUCUACCUUCCACCGUGUCAUCAAGGCAUUCAUGAUCCAGGGUGGUGAUUUCACCAAUGGCGACGGAACUGGUGGAAAGUCCAUCUACGGCCAGAAAUUCCCGGACGAGAACUUCAAGCUCAAGCAUAGCAAAAAGGGAAUGCUCAGUAAGCACGCACAGUUCGCAGAUGACACCAACGGCAGCCAAUUCUUCAUCACUACUGUCGUCACCGGUUGGCUCGACGGCCGCCACGUCGUCUUCGGUGAGGUCCUCGAAGGCUACGAUGUCGUCGAGGCGAUUGAAAACUGCGAGAAGGGUAUGGGCGACAAGCCGGUCAAGACGAUAAAGAUCGCGAAGAGCGGCGAGCUGGAGGUGCCGGAAGAAGAGGCGCUGAUUCUUGUUUUCCCUGAAGAUAUUUACGGAGCAGCAGAGCCUGCCAUCGAAGGCGACAAUCUCGAUGUCACGGCCUCUCAACAAAUACUGCCGUCAGCAGAAGACACUUUGAAGCCCCCGUCUAGCGAGACGGAGCAAAUUACGAUUUCAGCAAAUAGCGAGGAGGGCUUGUCCCUGGGCCAAAAACUAUUUUUCUUGGGCGCGAUCAUCUCGAUUUGCGUGCUGUUCAUUCACUCUCGGAGAGGGGGCGGGCACGUUCACUGCACGCUCCGCCCGAAGAUGUGCAGAGCACGACCCCCAUUUACGAUCGGCCGCGGGCGCGAUAAAUUUUCUCUGCUGGCUUCUUUUGCAAAUGCAAAUUUCGGCUCGCCUGAAGAAUCUGAUGCUGGGGACUCACCGCAAAUCGAGCCCCGUGGCGACGAAAACCUUCUUCUUCCCCCGAUCCCUUCAACCUUUUUCCUUCCCACAUCCUCACCCACACAACAACCCCUCCUUGUCACAGUUUCUGUGAAGUCCUUUCCCUUCUUUUUGGCUGCACUUUCAUUUCUUCCGUCGUUUAGGGAAGAGAGGCGGCUUGAACCUCAUUUCCCAUCACCAACAGUUUCAGGCGCGUUUCUGCCUGCUGUCACGACUCUCAUCUCACUUAGCCCGCAGUAUCUUUCUGUAGCUCACCUCCCGCCCGGCUCGCAGUCAGCCCCAAUAGUAUUUACGCCUCCAUUCAAUAUGGCUGAACAACUCGACAUGGGUCGUCUCUCUCUGAACGACUCUCAGCACGCUGGCAACUUCCCAGACCGUGCUGCCUACAUACCUCCACAUCUUCGUGGUCGACAGGCGCCCGCUCCAGCUCCCGCGCUAAAUGGCCCACCACCGAUGAUGAACGGUGGUGACAUGAACGGCGCCGCUGGACCUGGUGGGCUGAACGGCAGCGCCUGGGGCCCAAGGUCAGUACAACCUGGAGUCAUCGAUGAUGAUCAGGGAAGUAACAAAUUCGACAGCAGAGGUUAUGGUGGUCCCCCUCCCCAACGCCCCACAAGUGGCGGCGGCAACUGGGCUAGCGCCCCUAACUUCACUCCUCGAGGUAGCGAGCCCCCCCAAUACAAUCAACAACCCGGAGGCGGCUGGGGUGCCAACCCGGGCAAAUUCGACCCGAAUGCUUAUGGGAAACCAGGUGCAGGUGGAACAAGUAUUGCACGUGGAUCUGGCGAUGGACAAUGGAGGGACGGCAAGCACAUCCCAGGUCCAGCCAAUCCUCGUGUCGAGCGUGAGCUCUUUGGCGUCCCUAACGAUCCCUCGAAACAACAUACUGGCAUCAACUUCGAAAAGUAUGACGACAUCCCCGUCGAGGCAUCCGGCCAAGGCGUUCCGGAGCCCGUCAUCAAGUUCACGAACCCUCCACUUGACGACCACCUCCUCACCAACAUCGAGCUUGCAGGUUACAAGGUUCCCACCCCUGUACAGAAAUACUCUAUUCCCAUCGUCAUGGGUGGCCGCGACUUGAUGGCCUGUGCACAGACAGGUUCCGGAAAGACCGGUGGUUUCUUGUUCCCUAUCUUAUCACAAGCCUAUAUAACGGGACCGAGCGCUGCCCCGCCAACGGCUGCAGGUGGUUAUGGCUAUGGACGUCAACGCAAAGCCUACCCUACCUCCUUGAUCUUGGCUCCAACCCGUGAGUUGGUUUCUCAGAUAUACGAUGAGGCUCGCAAAUUCGCAUACCGAUCCUGGGUUCGACCAUGCGUUGUCUACGGUGGCGCCGACAUUGGUUCCCAGCUGCGUCAGAUCGAGCGUGGCUGUGACCUUCUGGUUGCUACUCCUGGGCGAUUGGUUGACUUGAUCGAGCGUGGUCGCAUCUCUCUCCAGAACAUCAAGUACCUCGUUCUUGACGAGGCGGAUCGUAUGUUGGAUAUGGGUUUCGAACCCCAGAUUCGUCGCAUUGUCGAAGGCGAAGACAUGCCACCUACGUCUGCCCGUCAGACUCUAAUGUUUUCUGCUACGUUUCCGCGAGACAUCCAGAUGCUCGCUCGCGACUUCUUGAAGGAGUAUAUCUUCCUUUCUGUUGGUCGUGUCGGCUCUACCUCUGAGAACAUUACUCAGAAGGUUGAGUACGUCGAAGACGUCGAUAAGCGUUCCGUUUUGCUCGACAUUCUACAUACCCACGGCGCAGGUCUCACUCUAAUUUUCGUUGAAACGAAACGCAUGGCCGAUUCUCUUUCCGAUUUCCUUAUCAACCAGGGCUUCCCCGCCACCUCGAUCCACGGAGACCGCACUCAGCGUGAGCGUGAGAAGGCUCUUGAGAUGUUCCGCACCGGACGUUGCCCAAUUCUCGUUGCGACCGCUGUUGCUGCACGUGGUCUCGAUAUCCCCAAUGUCACUCACGUAGUCAAUUAUGAUCUUCCCACCGAUAUCGAUGACUACGUCCACCGUAUUGGUCGUACUGGUCGUGCCGGUAACACUGGUAUCUCCACCGCUUUCUUCAACCGUGGCAACCGUGGCGUUGUCCGAGACUUGAUUGACUUGUUGAAAGAAGCUAACCAGGAAGUUCCUUCAUUCCUGGAGAGCAUCGCCCGCGAGGGCUCCGGCUUUGGAGGCGGUCGUGGUGGACGCGGUGGCGGCCGCGGCCGCGGCGCUGGUAAUGCUACCCGCGAUGUUCGUCGCUACGCUGGAGGCGGGGGAGGCAAUGCUGGUGGCUUCGGUGGUGGCGGGAACUGGGGGGGCGCACCACAAGGUGGUUACGGAGGAGGUGGCUUCGGUGGACCUCCAGGAGGCGGCUAUGUAGGCGGCAGUGGAGCCGGGUACGGUGGUGGUUUUGGUGGAGGAGGCUAUGGCAAUCCAUCCGGCCCUGCGGGCAACUCCUGGUGGUAA